GCCACAGGCGUCCAGAAAUAGCUGCUUGUAGAUCGAUGUUCAUCUUAAUACAUGGUAUCUUGCUGAAAAGGGGAAACGUGGACAGGAAAUAAAGUCGAGAUAAGUGAACCCUUUUUGGACUUUGUUGGUCAGGUUUCAACUGGCAACGCCUUGAGUCAGUUGCCCAGCAUUUGUGUUGCGGAAAAAGUGACGGCCACGCAGGACCCGCCUGUCACUUUCUUACAAUCUACGAGGAUGUAAAACGUCUUAAGACAUGCGUGUGAUAUGUGACGUACACGGCCUGCACAGGUGUGUGCAUAAUACGCCUAUGAACUUUCUCAUCGAGUGUUACGACUAAGCAAGAAUGAAGAGCAGAACACGUCACCUUCUUCUCGUGGUUGCACUGCAGCUGGUGCCAUGGACACUUGCACAGUAUCAACCUCCGUUUAAUCCUAAUACAUACGUCCGUAUCUCCCCACCGGAUGGCAUUCAAAGCCUGCAGGGGCUACAUCAGAAGCUCCGGUGUGAUGCCAGUUACAUGGGGGAACCAGUCGACGUUUUCUGGUACAAGAAUGACCAGCUAAUGCUGGAUACCAACCCAAGACUUCCCAUAGACGAGUCCACCAACCGAAUGGACACGGCGUCCUUCACGAUACUGACCAUCUUGAGCACUAGGGUCUCCGAUAGCGGGCGCUACAGCUGCCGCAUGAUGCCCCCUGGCAGGGGAGUAUCUACUGUGGUAGUCGCUGUAUAUGAACACCCGAUGGUCAUCGGGAGCCCCAGCCAGUUGCUUGUUCCAGGCGAGAACAUGACGCUGACGUGUCAGAUGGUACCAGACCUAACGGACCACGGAGGCAAAUAUUUCUGGCACAAAGAAGGUCGCUUCAUAGGCACAAGGGGUUUGAUUGAUGUGGAUUCGAACGGUUCACCAGACGUUUACAUAACACCCAAUGGUAACCUGACCAUCUUCAACCCGCUGCCAGUCUUCGGUGGGACGUACACCUGCCGUAUCAGGUACAACGUCAACGGUAAAACCAACUACGUAUCCGGCGACAUCAAAGUCUUCGUCAACACCACAGUUCACACGGAGCCCUACAAUUGGUACAACGUCAAUUCCAGGCGCCCUCUACAGCUGCAGUGCAUCGUUGAGGGAUUCCCUUACGCUGACGUCUAUUGGAGUCACCAAGGCAACCGAAUCUGGGGGACCGACGCGCGCAAUAACGUCACGCUGCUGACCAGGCCGCUGGAUCACGUGACCAUGCUCUCCACACUCUCCAUCCGGGUACUUUCGAGAAACUUCAACGUCACCCACUACACGUGCACUGGUACCAAUACUUUUGGCACGGACCGAAAGGUGGCAGCGAUAGUUAACACUGAGCAAGUCUUCAGCCCAUUCGGGAUCGGAGCUUCAUCACUCGUGAUGCGAUCAACCGUUCUCUACUGUUUAGCAUUUGUCCUCUGGGUUCUUCUGAUUGUUUAACUGCCAGCACACAUUAUGUGUCAUUU